AUGGAGGUGAUUUCAUGUGGAAGAGGAGUAUUCCUUUCUGUAAUUUUCUUCCUGUUAAAAUUCACCACAGCAGUUGAAAUACCACUAUCAGUUCAACAGGUUCCAACAAUCACAAAACAGUCAAGAGAACAAGUCGCCUUUCCCUUUGACGAGUAUUUUCAAAUUGAAUGUGAAGCUAAAGGAAAUCCAGAACCAACGUUUAGAUGGACUAAAGAUGACAAGCCUUUCCAUCUUUCUGAUCCCCGGAUAAUUGUGUCUAACGGCUCAGGCACAUUCAAGAUCCCAAAUGAAGGACACGUAUCUCACUUUCAAGGCAAAUACCGCUGCUUUGCUUCUAACACCCUAGGAGUUGCCAUGUCAGAGGAAAUCGAUUUUAUAGUCCCAAGUGUUCCGAAAUUCCCCAAAGAAAAAAUCGAUCCCUUGGAAGUGGAAGAAGGUGACCCCAUUGUCCUUCGCUGCAAUCCGCCCAAAGGCUUACCCCCGCUGCACGUUUACUGGAUGAAUAUUGAAUUAGAACACAUUGAGCAAGAUGAACGAGUCUACAUGAGCCAAGAUGGGGAUCUGUACUUCGCCAAUGUGGAAGAAAAAGACAGUCGGAAUGACUAUUGUUGCUUUGCUGCAUUUCCAAGAUUGAGGACGAUCGUACAAAAGAUGCCAAUGAAAUUAACAGUGAACAGUUUAAAGCAUGCUAAUGAGUCAAGUUCAUCCACAGAAAUUAAUUCCAAGGCCAAUUCAAUCAAGCAGAGGAAGCCCAGACUGCUGCUGCCUCCUCCUGAGAGAGGCGACUCAUCUUCUAUGACCAUCCUCAAAGGAGACACGCUGUUGCUGGAGUGCUUCGCGGAGGGCCUACCAACUCCACAGAUCGAGUGGAAUAAAUUGGAUGGGGAUUUACCAAAGGAAAGAGAAACAAAAGAAAACUAUGGCAAGACUUUGAAGAUAGAAAAUGUGUCCUUCCAAGACAAAGGACUUUAUCGCUGCAUAGCCAGCAAUUUCUUAGGAAUGGCAAGUCAUAUUUUCAAUGUCACAGUAGAAGAGCCUCCCUACUGGACCAAGAAGCCUGAGAGCUGUGUGUUCAGCACAGGCAGCAGUGGGAUCUUGUUAUGUGAGGCUGGAGGGUAUCCUCAACCCACCAUCACGUGGAGAGUCAAUGGUGCCCCGGCUGAGCACCAUCCAUUUGCUGGUGAUGUUGUCCUCCCCAACGAAGUCAGUUUUACCAACCUCCACCCAAAUCACACUGCCGUGUACCAGUGUGAGGCCUCCAACGUGCACGGAACCAUCCUCACCAACGUCAACAUUGAUGUUGUGGAUGUCCUCCCACUGAUCAAAACGAAAGAUGAAGAGAACUACGCCACCGUGGCUGGGUACAGUGCCUUCUUACAUUGCGAGUUCUUCGCUUCACCCGAAGCAGUUGUGACCUGGCAGACCGUGGACGCAGCUAAACCUCUGGAAGGCCGCCGGUACCAUGUGUAUGAAAAUGGCACCUUGCAGAUACGGAAGGCUACGGAAGAAGAUGCAGGGUCUUACUCUUGUUGGGUCGAAAACGCGAUUGGAAAAACUGCAGUCACAGCCAAUCUGGAUAUUAGAAAUGCUACAAAACUCACCGUUUCCCCUAAGAAUCCUCGAGUCCACAAAUCCCACAUGCUUGAGUUGCAUUGCGAGAGCAACUGUGACUCACAUUUGAAGCGCAGUUUGAAGCUGUCCUGGAGCAAAGAUGGAGAAGGCUUUGAAAUCAAUGGCACCGAAGAUGGCAGGAUAGUGAUUGAUGGUGCUAACUUGACCAUAUCUAAUGUGACUUUGGACGACCAAGGCCUUUACUCUUGUACUGCGCAGACUGCUCUGGAUAGUGCCAUUGAGGUAACUCAAGUCACCGUCCUUGAUGUUCCGGAUCCCCCAACGAAUCUCCACUUGUCAGAGAGACAGAACAGGAGCGUCCGGCUCUCAUGGGAAGCUGGAGAUGACCGCAAUAGCAAUAUUAGUGAGUAUAUUGUAGAAUUCGAAGGAAACAGAGAGGAACCCGGAAGAUGGGAGGAACUGACAAGGGUCGGAGCAGAGGAAACCACGGUUGUGUUACCAUUGGCUCCUUAUGUGAGGUAUCAGUUCAGGGUCCUGGCUGUGAACGAAGUAGGGAGGAGUCAGCCCAGCCAGCCUUCAGAACAGCAUGAAACCCCACCAGCAGCUCCAGAUAAGAAUCCCCAAAACAUAAGAGUUCAAGCUUCCCAACCCAAGGAGAUGAUUAUAAAAUGGCAGCCUUUGAAAUCCAUGGAGCAGAAUGGGCCAGGACUGGAGUACAAAGUGAGCUGGAAACCCCAAGGAGCCCCCGAAGAGUGGGAAGAAGAGACGGUUACAAACCACACGCUGCGGGUGAUGACACCAACCGUGUACGCUCCCUAUGAUGUCCAAGUCCAAGCCAUCAAUCAGCUGGGGUCUGGGCCAGAGCCUCAGACAGUGACUCUCUAUUCUGGAGAAGACUAUCCUGACACAGCUCCAGUGAUCCAUAGUGUGGACAUCAUAAAUAGCACCUUAGUCAAAGUGGAGUGGUCAACAAUUCCAAAGGACAGAGUGCAUGGACAUCUGAAAGGAUACCAGGUCAAUUGGUGGAAAACCAGAAAUCUAUUGGAUGGAAGGACACAUCCCAAAGAAGUGAACAUUCUGAGAUUUUCAGGACAAAGGAACUAUGGAAUGGUUCCGUCCCUUGAUGCUUUUAGUGAAUUUCACUUGACAGUCUUAGCCUUUAACUCCAAAGGACCUGGUCCAGAAAGUGAGCCUUACACAUUCCAAACACCAGAAGGAGUACCUGAACAGCCAUCUUUUCUCAAGGUCAUUAAAGUUGAUAAAGACACUGUCACCUUAUUCUGGGGAUUACCUAAGAAGCUAAAUGGAAAUCUAACCGGCUACCUAUUACAGUAUCAGAUUAUAAAUGACACCUAUGACAUUGGAGAGUUGAAUGAGAUCAACAUUACCGGCCCAUCAAAAGCCAGCUGGCAUCUGUCAAACCUUAGUGCAGCCACCAAGUACAAGUUCUACCUGAGAGCUUGCACUUCUAAGGGCUGUGGAAAGCCAGUCACAGAGGAGAGCGCGACCUUAGGAGAAGGGAAAUAUGCCGGGUUGUACGAAGACAUCUCUACUCAAGGCUGGUUUAUUGGACUGAUGUGUGCGAUUGCUCUUCUCACACUAAUAUUGUUAACCGUUUGUUUUGUCAAGAGGAACCGAGGUGGAAAAUACUCAGUGAAAGAAAAGGAGGAUUUGCACCCAGAUCCAGAAAUUCAGUCAGCAAAAGAUGAAACUUUUGGUGAAUACAGUGACAGUGACGAGAAGCCUUUGAAAGGAAGCCUCCGGUCCCUCACUAGAGACAUGCAGGCCACAGGAAGUGCUGACAGUUUGGUGGAGUAUGGAGAGGGCGAUCACGGUCUGUUCAAUGAAGAUGGAUCCUUCAUUGGUGCUUAUGCUACAUCGAAGGAGAAAGGAUCUGUCGAAAGCAAUGGAAGUUCUACCGCUACGUUUCCACUCCGGGCAUAAA